AUGGCACAUUAUUUAUUAAAUGUAUCUCUCUUUAGUAUGAAUUUCAGAGAAUUCCAAUUUGCCCAAACACUUAUAUUUGCAAUUGAAGAAAUCAAUCGAAAUCCUGCAAUUCUCCCAAACCAUACUCUUGGCUACACAAUCCACAAUGCGUGUGGAUACGACAACAUCCUGAAGUCUGGUGUGGCUUUAGCCAGUGGCCAGGAGGAGUUUAUUGAUGAGGGGAACUGCACCAAGGCUGUCAUGGCUCAGGCUGUCAUUGGCCACUCUGCCUCCACACCAACCAUGGGAUUGGCCCGCAUCAUUGGGAGUUUUCAUAUACCCGUAGUAAGAAUUCCCAUUCACUUUUCUAUGCACUCAUACAGUAUAAUAUAGACUUUUAUACAGGUCUUAUUUUUGUGGAUCGUUGUCUUAAGAUAACAAAAAAAUUGCUUUUGGUCUCGAAACUACUGCACAGUGUGUCAUUAAGUUUCAAAUAACAUUUUAUUAUUUUGUACACAGAUCAGCCACUUUGCCACCUGUACGUGUCUGAGUAACAGAAAGGAGUUCCCCUCUUUCUUCAGAACCAUCCCCAGUGACUUCUACCAGAGCAGAGCCCUGGCCCAGCUGGUCAAGCACUUUGGCUGGACCUGGGUGGGGGCUAUAAGCAGUGAUAAUGACUACGGAAAUAGCGGCCUAGCCACGUUCAUGCUAGCUGCACAGGAGGAGGGAGUGUGUAUAGAAUACUCUGAGGCAUUUGAGCAGACAGGUCCGCGCCACAAGCUUCUCAGGAUAGUGGAGAUUAUUAAACAGUCCAGUUCAAAGGUCAUCAUGGCCUUCAUGACCCACAGGGAGAUCAAGGUUCUGGUGAGUGAGCUCUACAGGCACAACGUCACAGGACUGCAGUGGAUCGGCAGUGAUGCCUGGAUCACAGACCCUUCACUCACUGCCAGCGAGGGACACGGCACCCUGGUGGGCGCCAUAGGCUUCACGGUGAGCAGGGCUCACAUCCCUGGGCUGGGAGAGCAUCUGAGGGACGUCCACCCCUCUCGCUUCCCCAACAGCAUGUUUCUCAGGGAUUUCUGGGAGAUUGUGUUCGACUGCUCUCUCAAUAUGACUACAGAAUCUAAGAGGAAGCCAUGCAACGGCUCUGAGACUUUAAGAGGCGUGCAGAACACGUUCACAGAUGUGUCCAAGCUGACAUUCACUAAUAAUGUGUAUAAGGCUGUGUAUGCCGUGGCUUACGCCCUCCACAACCUGUUGACAUGUGAGGAGAGCCAGGGCCCCUUCUCUAAUGGGAACUGUGCUCAACCCACACACAUCCAGCCAUGGCAGGUGAGCAGAAAUAUACCUCUAAAAAUGUGACCUUUUGUCUAUUGCAAAUCAGUUAAAGUAAAAUAAAUGAUUUCACUGUAGACUGAUAACAACAGAACGAUGAAUGCAAACGCCACAUAUAAAAACGACUUUUCUCUCUUUACCAUUUCUCCUCUCAAGCUGUUGCACUACCUACAGUCUGUCAAUUUCACAACGGGAGAGGAGGAGAGAGUCUUUUUUGACAGCAAUGGAGAUUCCCCAGCCAGAUAUGACCUUGUUAAUAUACAAAGUGCCACAUCGGGAACCAUGGAAGUGGCCACAGUCGGUUUCUAUGAUGCUUCUUUGACUGAAGACCACCAGUUCACUGUGAACAAUGUUAGCAUCGUCUGGGGAGGAAGGAGUGAGACGGUACAUUUUCAUAUUGUCUUGUUGUCGUAUCUCUGGCUGGGGAGUCAGAAUGCUAUCCUGCAUUGUAUUCAAUAACGCAACAAUUGCACUUAACCUUCAGCCACUCAGCCCCUGUUGGUAUGUACAGUAUCAAUACAAGUCAAGUCACUCUACAGUGCACCGACAUUGCUGAUUGACGAUAAACAGGAUUAAUAUGUACAUGAGCGAACAUGAAUACACAGACUCUCCUUGGUCCCCUAUGUGAGUCUGUUUUCUGUGUGCCAGGUGCCUGUGUCAGUGUGCAGUGAGAGCUGUCCCCCAGGCACUCGUAAGGCUGUGCAGAAAGGAAAGCCUGUCUGCUGUUAUGACUGUGUACCAUGUGCAGAGGGAGAGAUCAGUAAUACCACAGGUAAAUUACACCCAGCCAUCAAAAAAUACAGUUGGUGAGGUGAAUACAUGCUGGAUUAAAUACGGGACUGGCCUUCACAAAUCACUUAAACCUCUUAACUGAAAAUGUGUAGAACCAACACAGCAUAUAAUAUGUUAAAUGCUCGGCACGUUUUCCUGAACCAUUAACAUUGUGUUUUUUCUUCUUAUUUUUGUUUUUUCUCUAAACAGAUUCAGCCGAGUGCAUGAAGUGCCCAGUCCAAUACUGGUCCAAUGGGAGAGGGGAUAGAUGUGUCAAAAAAGAGAUUGAAUUCCUGUCCUACACUGAGGUCAUGGGGGUCGUCUUAGUUCUGUUUUGUUUGAUUGGGGUUUGUGUAACUAUUAUUAUAGCAACAAUUUUCUUCCAAUAUAAAGACACACCCAUCGUCAGGGCCAACAACUCUGAGCUGAGCUUCCUGCUGCUCUUCUCCUUGACUCUGUGUUUUCUGUGUUCUCUUACUUUCAUUGGCCGGCCCUCUGAAUGGUCCUGUAUGCUGCGCCACACAGCGUUUGGGAUCACCUUCGUCCUCUGCAUCUCUUGUGUUCUGGGGAAAACAAUAGUGGUGUUGAUGGCCUUCAGGGCUACACUUCCAGACAGUAAUGUCAUGAAACGGUUUGGGCCUCCACAGCAGAGACUCAGUGUUCUGGCUUUCACUCUCAUACAGGUCCUGAUCUGUGUUCUCUGGUUAACAGUCUCCCCUCCUUUCCCCUACAAGAAUAUGAAGACCUAUAAGGAAAAGAUCAUUCUAGAGUGUGAUGUGGGUUCAGCUAUUGGUUUCUGGGCUGUGUUGGGGUAUAUAGGACUCCUGGCUCUCUUGUGCUUUGUGCUGGCUUUUCUGGCUCGAAAGCUGCCUGAUAACUUCAAUGAGGCCAAAUUCAUCACCUUCAGCAUGCUCAUAUUCUGUGCAGUCUGGAUCACCUUUAUCCCAGCUUAUGUCAGCUCUCCUGGGAAGUUCACUGUAGCUGUGGAGAUAUUUGCUAUUCUGGCCUCUAGUUAUGGAAUGCUACUUUGUAUCUUUCUUCCAAAAUGUUUCAUUAUAUUGCUGAGGCCAGAGGAAAACACCAAAAAACACAUGAUGGGGAAGAAGACCAAUGAUAUGCGUUAUUAA